AUGAAGAGAGAGAACCAUACUCUUUUCUUUGAGUUUGUUUUCCAAGGUUUUUCUAGCUUUCACGAGCACCAGCUCACCCUCUUUGUGGUGUUUCUUGCAUUGUACAUCUUAACCCUGGCAGGCAAUGUUACCAUGGUGACCAUUAUCUGGAUUGAUCGUCAUCUUCACACCCCCAUGUAUUUCUUCCUGAGCAUGCUGUCCACUUCAGAGACUGUAUAUACACUGGUCAUUCUCCCAAGGAUGCUCUCCAGCCUCGUGGGUAUGAGCCAGUCCAUCUCAUUAGCAGGUUGCACCGUGCAGAUGUUCCUUUUUGUAACCUUUGGCAUCACUAACUGCUUCUUGCUCACAGCAAUGGGAUAUGACCACUAUGUGGCCAUUUGCAAUCCCCUGAGGUACACAGUUAGCAUGAAUAAAGUGUGUGCCCAGUUGGUAUGGGGGGCAUGCAGCAUUGGGCUGCUUGUAGCAAUGACACAGGUGACAUCUGUAUUCAGGUUACCUUUCUGUGCUACAAAGGUGGCCCACUUCUUCUGUGACAUCCGACCUGUAAUGAAGCUCUCCUGUGUUGACACCACCAUCAGUGAGAUCCUGACUUUGAUCAUCAGUGUUUUGGUACUUGUUGUACCUAUGGGUCUAGUUUUCAUCUCUUAUGUCCUCAUGUCUACAAUCCUCAAGAUUGCCUCAGUCGAGGGCCAGAAGGCCUUUGCCACCUGUGCCUCCCACCUCACUGUGGUCAUUGUCCACAAUGGCUGUGCCUCCAUUGCCUACCUCAAGCCCAAGUCAGAGAACACCAGGGAUCGAGAUCAGUUGAUCUCGGUGACGUACACUGUCAUCACCCCCCUACUGAACCCUGCGGUGUACACCCUGAGGAACAAAGAGAUCAAGGAUGCUCUGUGCAGGGCUAUUGGCAAAAAAUUCUCCUGA